GCCUUUUUUCCUCCCGUCUUUUCCUGUCGCCCGAGGCGUAUUGUUGCCACGUCCGUGAGUGAAGUCCCAGGUAUUCUAGUGAAACUUCAGAGACUGUGUGUCUUUCGCAUCCUUGAAGAAUUAACGCGGUUACACCAUCUUUAUUUCUAAGAGAGAAAGUAUUUUAUGCGUAUUCCAUAUGUUGCGUUUGGAUAGCAUUUAAGUGCAGGAGUAAAGUCACCAUCUUCGCACCUGCUUCAGCACCAGUGCUACCACAGUUGUACAGCUGAGGCUCAGGCAUUGUUAUUGUUAUUUUUCAUGCAAACUGGAAACAAAAGGUUCGAUGGAGGCUGGGGCGGAAUGGGCCAAGGACACCCCAAGGCGACCAUCUGAGGAUGACAUGAUGGGGGGGGACCUUGGGGACGGCCUGGGCAAGAAGCCGGGAGCACUGUAUGCCAGAAAAGAGGACAGGCUAGAUUCGCUGGACCUGGAGGCUCCGCGGGUGGCAUCGAAUGGGCCUGGUGACAGCGGUACUGUGGCCUUCACCUGGACAUCCUGUGCUGCACUGCAGCAGGAAGGGGACGCUGAGCGGCCCUGCUCUCACUGGAGACUUACUGGAUCACUUUGUGAUCUUUCCAAUGAGGAGCUGAAGACCCGACUCCAGGAAGCUACAGAGAAGACAGAAAUUUUGCGUUGUGAAUUGGAGGCCACUCAGCGUCACCUGGAGGGCAAACAUGAAGCCCUCAAGAUACUACAGAGCCGGGCUGUGUUUGAUAAAGCUACCACGCAUACCAAGACUUUACUACAGAAAAGUGAGGAGAGAAACAAGGCCUUGGAGAAGGAAGUGAAUGAUUUACAGUGGGAAAUCACCUUCAACCAGGGACGAUUUAAGAAUAUUGAGCAGUCCUGGAAAGACAAGUAUGAAAGGAUGUGCAUUGAAAAUAAGACUCUGAGUGACACGGUAGAAGAGACUGCAAAGAUGGUGCAGGAGCUGAGAUCAGAGAAUACCUUCCUGAGCCAGCGGUGCCUAGAGCUUAUGUCUUUGUUAAGUGUGGAACAGCAGAGAGCUUUCAAGGGGUCACUUCCUGUUUGCAGCGGCUUGGGGAGAGAUGGGACAGCACUGGAACUGGCCGUUCUUGGGGCCUGCUGCUGCAGUGGCAGCGAGAGGAAUCCCUGUCCCUGUGCCAGGACUGCAGCUACCAGCCGCAAGCAGGUGCUUCAGCUCACACAGGAGGUGGAGAUGCAGAGGAGGAGGAAGGAGGAGGCCUACGUGAUGGCAGACGCAUUUCGUAUUGCGUUUGAGCAGCAGCUGAAGAGGAGGAGCGACCAGGUCCUCCAUCUGGCUGAGAAAGGCAGCCACCUUCGCAGGAAUGUUCUUGGCCAUAGGGGAGAAAUACCAGGAUCUGUGAAGGUGGCACAGAAACUAAGAGGGAUGCUGCAGACCACAGCCGAGGGACAGACGUCCAAUGACCCCCCUGACACUCUGCACCACCUAAUUGACCUGCUGAAUGACAAGGAGGAGGCCCUGGCGCACCAAAGGAAGGUCAGUUAUAUGCUUGCUCAAAACACGGCGGAACUGGAGCAGCGGCUGCUGCAGCUAAAAGGGCUGGACUCUGGGAUGGCUGAUCUGAUGGCAGGGCUCGAGGCGGGCAACACUGAUGGGCAACUGGGCAAACACCUCUCUGUUCCUCAUAAUCCAGGGGACAAUGCGGACACUCAGAAACAUAGGCAAAUAAAAGGGAAGCUCACAAUGGAACCAGCAUAAAAGAAGGAUUAUAUCAAUAUUAUAAUGACUCGUAUUUUGAAAGUGGCUGAGAUUUUUUUUAAUUCAACUAAAAGGAACUGACCGUGACCUUUGGAUGUGCACCAUGUCAGUUUUUGGUAUUAAUGUGCAGCUUGUAAUGUUUUUAACAUUGCAGUUUAGAUAACUUAUUUUAAUGAAAUUUUUAUUUGUACAUUGUUUGUUGUGAAAUAUUCUGCAUAUAGUGCAGAAUUUUUAUGCAUAAAAUGAUAAAACCAUGGAACUUUGAAGUUAUCAAUGGAAAAAAGUGAUUUUUACUUAAUAUAUUAAAUUAAGCAAUUGUCACAUCACAA